AGUAGCUCAUACUAAACGACCAGAAAAGUGAGUGUGUAUCGUGUGAUGGAUAUUUUUACAUAUUUCUCAUCCAUUUUUGCCCUUGUAGCUCUGUUGCUGAUCAGCCUUUCAUGGCGAAGGGCAAGAAAGGGCAGCAGAUCGGCGCCGGAGGCCGGUGGCGCUUGGCCAAUCGUGGGCCACCUCCACCUCCUACGCGCCGCUGUUCCCUUAGUUAGGACUCUGAGCGCGUUGGCCGAUAAAUACGGGCCGGUAUUCAUGAUCCGCCUGGGCAAGCCACGCGCCUUGGUGGUUAGCAAUUGGGAAGCCGUUAAGGAUUGUUUCGCCACCAACGACAAGCUCUUGGCUGCAAGGCCAACUACCUCUCAAGGCAAAUACCUUGGGUAUGAUUAUGCAGUAUUUAGUUUCUCAACUUAUAAUUCAUACUGGCGGAAGAUAAGAAAGUUAGUCGUUGUGGAACUGCUCUCUAAUAGAAGGUUGGAGAAAUUGAAACAUGUUUGGGUGACAGAGCUGCAGGCUAACAUCAAAGAACUCUACACUACUUGUAGUAUUUCUGUUGGUAGCAACAUUAAUCCCUCCAAAAAUAAAGUAAUAAACAUGAGCCAAUGGUUUGAACAUUUAACCUUAAACUUGAUAGUGAAGGUAGUGGCAGGAAGGAGGUACGAGUACAGGAGUGAUGGAGUGGUAGACCAAGAGGCAGAAUGUAUGAAAAAGGUGUUCAAAGAGGUUAUGUUUUUGUGGGGAGAAGUUGUAUCAGGGGAUACAAUAUUUCCACUUUGGUUGUUUAGGUGGUUGGACUAUGAAGGCCAUGUCAAGACCAUGAAAAGAGUUGCAAAGGCCUUGGAUGCCAUUUUGCAAUAUUGGGUAGAUGCUAGGAAGAGGGAGAAUGGGAAAAAUGAAGAUCAAGGGUUUAUCGAUGUUAUGCUUUCGAUGAUUGAUGAUAAAUUUUUAGAAGGUCAAACUUAUACGCGUGACACAAUUAUCAAGGCAACGGUGUUGAGUAUGUUACAAGAUGGUAGUGAAACGUUUUCUGUCCACUUCAUAUGGAUCCUAUCCGUGUUGCUGAAGAAUAGAGAAGCACUAGAGCGUGUUCAAGAAGAGAUAGAUGCCAAUGUUGGUAGAGAAAGGUGGGUAGAAGAUUCUGAUAUUAAAAAUUUACCAUACCUCCAAGCUGUAGUGAAAGAAACAUUACGAAUGUACCCACCAGCUCCUUUCUUAGUACCACACGAAGCAAUAGAAGAUUGUACCAUAGGGGGCUACCACAUUCCAAAGGGCACACAGUUGUAUGUGAACGUGUGGAAGCUACAUCGCGAUCCUCAAAUAUGGCCGGACCCCGAAAAGUUCUCACCAGAAAGGUUCUUGACAAACCCAGAAGACACCGGUGUCCAUAAUCGACAGUUUCAAUAUGUUCCAUUUGGUUUUGGGCGACGAUCAUGUCCUGGAAUACUAUAUGCAACACAGAUAACACAUCUUGCAGUUGCCCGUUUGGUUCAAGGCUUCAAUUUCAACACACCUUCAAAUGAGGCAUUGGAUAUGAGUGAAGGUUUAGGCAUUACAAUGCCAAGAGCUAAUCCAUUGGAAGUAGUCAUUACGCCUCGCUUGCCAUCUGCUCUCUAUUGAUUACACCAUUAGAAGAUCUAUGUUCCUGUUACUGUAUGAUGUGUAUUACAUUUUUUACUUGUUAUGGGGUAAUUUAGGUUUAAUUUUCAACAAUCGUACCGUUUAAUAAUUUUGUUAUUAUGGAUUUGAAGUCUUUGUCCUAGAUUUUAAGUAUCGUUUGUAAGAAAAACAUUAUUCCUUAUCCUGUUGAAACAUGCAAUAUUUUCUCAUGCA